AUGGAGGUAAGACAAGACUCAACCUGGAUUAUUAAAGGGAUGAUGAAGGCUAGACUGAGAAUAGCAGAUUGCAGUAACAGUUGGCAGCAGAUGCUUUCAACUGAUACAUUCAAAAUGGAAAAAAUCUAUAAGGAGCUUAUGCAACAUCAUCAAACUGUGGAUUGGUAUGCUGUUCUUGCAGGCAAUAGAGCUAGACCAAGGGCAUUGUUCUGCUUGUGGCUUGCAUGCCAUAGACGUCUUGCCACAAAAGACAGAUUAGCAAAAUUUGGAGUUAUUCGAGAUACACAAUGCUGUUUUUGCAGGGAAGCUGAGACUUUAGACCACCUAUUCUAUAGAUGCAGUGUGAUGAAGGCUAUUUGGAUUGAUACCUUGAAAUGGCUCAACAUUGUUCAUACACCGUUGGACUGGACACAGGAGUUAAGAUGGCUCAUUCUUUGUGCUAGAGGCAAAGGAAUGAAAGCUAACUUGCUGAAGAUGGCUGCGGCUGAAACUCUGUAUCAAUGCUGGAAGUUUCGAAAUGAUGCAUGCUUUGGUACUCCACAGCCUGUUGAUAAAGUUGUGCAUAGUAUACAGGAAGCUAUCAUACAUAGAGGAUGGAAUUAUAGGAAGUAUAAAGAUAGUAUAGCAAAGCUUUUGAUAUAG